UUUAUUACCUUUUCCUACAAGCCGAAACGUCGGUGCAAUGGCAGAAAAGGGCAACUAUAUCGCCAACAUGUACGGCUACGAUCUGGGUGGCCGCUUCGUGGAUUUUAAGCCGUUGGGUUUCGGCGCCAAUGGGCUUGUUCUUUCUGCCACCGAUAGCCAAAACGCCAGGAAAGUAGCGGUAAAAAAAAUCACCAUUGGGGACGCCCGCAGCAUGAAGCAUGCCCUGAGAGAAAUCAAGAUCAUCCGACGCCUUAACCAUGAUAAUAUCGUCAAGGUCCAUGCAGUAUUGGGUCCACGAGGGGCUGACCUCCAAGGAGACCUUCUGAAGUAUGACAUGGUGUACAUCGUGCAGGGACACAUGGAGACCGACCUGGCGAGGUUGUUGGAACAAGGCCCCCUGAGUGAGGAUCACGCCAAGCUCUUCAUGUAUCAACUCCUUCGCGGGCUGAAAUAUAUUCACUCGGCGAACGUCCUCCACAGGGACCUCAAACCGGCCAACAUCUUCAUCAACACAGAAGACCUAGUCCUGAAGAUUGGUGACUUUGGUCUGGCGAGGAUCGUAGAUCAGCAUUACUCACACAAGGGUCAUCUCUCGGAAGGAUUGGUCACAAAAUGGUAUCGAUCCCCUCGGCUUCUCCUCUCCCCAAACAACUACACCAAAGCCAUUGACAUGUGGGCCGCCGGCUGCAUAUUAGCGGAAAUGCUUACCGGACGGAUGCUGUUUGCAGGAAACCACGAACUGGAGCAGAUGCAGCUCAUCCUGGAUACGAUUCCUGUCAUCCACAAGGAGGAUAAGGAGGAGCUGCUGAAGGUCAUGCCGUCUUUUGUCAGCGCAAAUUGGGAAGUCAAGAAACCCCUGCGGAAACUUCUUCCGGAGAUUAACCUGGAGGCUAUUGAUUUCUUGGAGAAGAUAUUGACCUUCAACCCGAUGGACAGAUUAACGGCCGAAGCCGCUCUGCAGCAUUCAUAUAUGAUGCCGUAUUCAUGCCCAGAAGAUGAGCCCGUCUCCCAGCACCCGUUCCGGAUCGAAGAUGAAAUUGAUGAUAUUUUGCUGAUGGAAGCCAGUCAGAGUCGGUUCUCCAACUGGGACAGGUAUCAAGUGAGCCUGUCCUCAGAUCUGGAUUGGAGACAAGACCAAGGCAACGGAAUGAGUGAUGUCCAACGAGACCCCCGGGCCGCAUCUGAAUCGCAAGCGGAGGAAGUCCAGGUAGAUCCUCGCAAAUACUCCCAGAGCAGCUCAGAGAGAUUCUUGGAACAAUCCCACUCUUCCAUGGAUCGGGUUUUCGAGGGAGAUUGCGGAAGGUCCUGUGAAUAUAAAGUCGGGUCUCCAUCCUACUUGGAUAAAUUGCUCUGGAGAGACAACAAACCCCACCAUUACUCCGAACCUAAACUCAUUUUAGAUCUUUCCAACUGGAAAAGGACAACCAUUUCGCCCAGCGGAGAGCUGCCACUGGAAGACGAGCCUUCCAAUCUUUUUCUGGAGAUAGCUCAGUGGGUUAAGAGCACUCAGGCAGGCCUCGAAUGUCCAGCAAGUCCUCCACCUGAGAUGCAAGAAGAUCACCAACCAUCUCCACCGCGCCAGGGGGCGCCAAGCGACACCAGCCAGGAGCCCCCGUUCAACCUAGAUGUUUUUAUCACCAGGGCGUUAAAAAUAUGUACAAACCAAGAAGACUUACCCGACAAUAAGCGGAAUGAUAUCAAAGGGGCCUGUAUUUCGGAGCACCCCAACGAAAUGACACAGAAGGAAGUGUUUCAUAAAGACAGGUGGUAGACGCCACCGCCUUGAGUAACGAUGCUUGGUUAUUUUAAUAAUGUAUGUAUUGCUAACCGUAUAACAGAUGGAAUAUUUUACAGAGCACAUUUUUUUUAUACCUGGGGAUAUUUAAACGCUAAGGUUUGUAAUGAAAACGCGGUGCAAUGCCUUAAGGCGCCUUCUCAUGUCUUGAAGGCCUUCUCGAGAGGUCCAAACGCAGCACGGUACUUCAUUCUUUUUAUUUAAAGGAAUAAAAAUCGAAAAAAAUAAGAUGAUUAUUCUUUUUUCAACGCAAUUAUUUCAGAGCAAAUCUUCACUUCUUCCCAUACUAUAUUUUGAAGAUAAUGCGAAUAUCCGUUAUUUUCCACCCAGAAGUCUCCAAAAAGUAUACAUUUUUAUUUUCAAAAUGGCGGAGAAGUAAGGCUUUGUUCAAACAGAUAACUAUUUAAGCUCAUGCUUUCAUUUUGAAUCAUUUUAUUUUACUUUCCAAAAUUUCU